CUAACGUCACUUUGAGAAAUUAAUGAAGACCUCUGCCACAAGUAUACAGUUAUUCAGUUAGGUAGUUACAUUUACAGCUAACGUGCUCACUGUGGAUGGUUUGGCUGACUAUAACUGGCUAGUUGGAUGCUGAGUGCCGUUUCCUUCCUAUUUUUUGUUAAAUAAAUGGGGGACAACCGUUCUGCCAGCAACAAUAAGCAACACCCGCGACAUGCAGUCUUCAAUGUAUAGCUCUUGUGAGUGAAAGUUGGUGACGAUCAUUUUAAAAGCUGCUCCCUACCGAUGGCUAUACGAAAUGUAAACUAAAAUGUGCUACGCAUCCCUUAUGUGCGGUGGCAAUAAGGAGAGCUACUGCGCAUGCGUGCACGACCGCGACACAAUAGUAGCAGACAUUUGGCUUACAGGCAUGCUACCCCGCGAAGCUGUGUUGACGAAAGGGUAUUCCAUCCUAUCCAGUAGGGGACAGGCGUGCGGAUCCCCACCUUCCGUUUAACCAUCCUUUGUUGACAGACAGCAGUGGGUUUCAAGCACAGCUUUUACUGCUUCAGAAAGGCCAGCACAGAAUCCAUCAGGAAUUCAACACCACUGGGACAAAAUGGUCACUUCUGAACUUUCUGAAUGAAAAGGGAAUUUCAGGGAGCAGCAAACAGAUAUGAAUCAAGGUAUGAGGGUAAGACAAUGUGAUGAAUGGCAAGGAUCUCUAAAACUGUUUGGAGUGGAAAAAAAAAAUUCGAUUUGAAGAUUUGAAGAAAUGUUUUUUUUUCUUCAGUUGAAUUUUGCACUGAUUUUACAUGUGUCCCGGUAAUGCUGGUGUGGAUUUAUUUCACUUCUGUCACGAUGUCAUUCGACUGACCCCUGACAGCAUGAAAUGUUGCACUUGGGCGGCCAUCAAAUUUAAGGGCUGCAUCAGGUGGGUUGCUAGGCUGGCUGGGGCUUGUCUUGAGAGGAUGGCAGCGUUAGGCCCGUGAGCUGGGGUGCACGUGCAAUGGCUAGACGGGGCCUGCUACUGCAGGGCCGUGUGCGCUGGCUGCUCCUGGGCAGCUUCCUCCUGCUGGUCUUCCUGCUCUUUGCCUACCUGCUUGAGUGCACACCCCCGGCUGACGCUGGGCUGGCCCCUGGCGGCCUGGGCUCUGAGCCCUACGGGAAGGAGUACUACCAGGCCCUGCUGCAGGAGCAGGAGGAGCGCCACCUGAGCCGGGCAGCAAGCCUCAAGCGGCAGAUUGCCCAGCUGAAGCAGGAGCUGCAGGACAUGAGUGAGAAACUGAAGGCCCUGCAGGAGAAGAAGGAGCUGGAGGCCCGGGGCCAUGCGGAACCCAGGAAUCCAGAGCCUGGCGACCUUCUGGAGUAUUUGCACUCCCAGAUUGACAAAGCCGAGGUCAGCACGGGCGCGCGCCUGCCCAGUGAGUACGCUCUUGUGCCCUUUGAGAGCUUCACAGCCACCAAAGUGUACCAGCUGGAGAUGGGGCUGACACGGCACCCUGAGGAAAAGCCGGUGCGCAAGGACCGGCGGGACGAACUGAGCGAGGUCAUCGAGGCUGGCCUGGACAUCAUCAACAACCCCAGUGAGGACGACGGGCAGGAGGAAGAUGGCCUGACUGCGCACAAGCAGAUGUACACCGAGAACGACUUCAUUGAAGGGCUGUACAGAACAGAGCGAGACAAAGGCACGCUGUACGAGCUCUUCUAUGCUAAAGAGGAUUCUGGAGACUUCCAGCAGGUCACCUUGUUCCGUCCUUUUGGACCUCUGAUGAAGGUCAGGAGCACCUUGGUGGAGACGUCCAGCACCAUUGUUAACAUCAUUGUGCCUCUGUCUGGCAGAACGGACACCUUCUCACAGUUUCUGCUCAACUUCAGGGAGAUAUGUAUUCAGCAUGACAGGCAGGUGCAUCUCACCGUGGUCUACUUUGGCCAGGAAGGUUUGAACGAGGUCAGAUCUGCACUGGAGAGAAUGUCCAGGGAGGACAAUUUCUCCAACUACACCCUGAUUCCAGUGGAUGAGGAGUUCUCCAGAGGGCGAGGCUUGGACAUAGGAGCCCAUGCGUGGAAGAAGGGCGACGUGCUGAUGUUCUUCUGCGAUGUGGACAUCUACUUCACACUAGAAUUUCUCAACACCUGCCGGCUGAACAGCACUCCCAAUAAGAGAGUAUUUUAUCCAGUGGUGUUUAGUCUGUAUAAUCCUGCCAUUGUGUAUGGAAACUUGGAGCUGUCUCCCCCUAUCGAGCAUCAGCUGAUUCACAAGAAAGAUGCUGGUUUCUGGAGAGAUUUUGGCUUUGGAAUGACCUGUCAAUAUCGCUCGGACUUUCUCAGCAUUGGGGGAUUUGACCUUGAAGUGAAAGGCUGGGGUGUGGAGGAUGUACACCUGUACAGGAAGUACCUGCGGAGCGAGCUCAUUGUGAUCCGCACCCCUGUCUCAGGGCUCUUCCACCUGUGGCACGAGAAGCAGUGCGCGGACGAGCUGACCCCAGAACAGUACCGCAUGUGCAUCCAGUCCAAGGCCAUGAACGAGGCCUCCCACUCCCAUCUGGGCAUGCUGGUGUUUCGUGACGAGAUCGAGGCCCAUCUACGCAAGCAGGCCUACAAGACUCACACCAAGAUGGAUGACUAAACUGCAGCCUACCCUUACUGC